AAAAAGAAACUUUUGUGAAAUACAGAAAGAAAAGGGAGCCCAGUAGGCCCUACAAAGUAAACAGUCAGUUCAAAACUUCGACCCCCACAGUUCACAUUCACUCCUCCGUUUGAUCGGCAGACUGAAGUACAAUAUAACCGGAAAAUAGGAACAGCAAGUGCGAAGAAAGAAAGACCACAAUGGCAGACACUGCGAGUCACAUCCACGACCGUUUCCAGACGUUUAUGAACGGCCUCGGCGACCGUUAUGAGCCCUACGUGCGCGAGCACCUGUCCAAGGUGUACAUGGUCCUGGGCAGCACUGCGGCCGCCACGGCGAUGGGAGCCCUGCUCCAGAUGCGCGACUUCCUCGAUCUCGGCGUCCUGGCGGCGGUGGCCACUCUGAUCUUGGUUUUGGGCCUGCACUUCUACAAGGACGACGGCAAGAACUACUACACACGGCUAAGCAUGCUCUAUGCCUUCGGUUUCUGCUCGGGACAGACCCUGGGACCGCUCUUGGGCUACAUUUGCAGCAUCAAUCCGGCCAUCAUCCUCUCGGCCCUCACUGGCACCUUCGUUACCUUCAUCUCGCUUUCGCUGGCCGCUCUGCUGGCCGAGCAGGGCAAGUACCUUUACCUGGGCGGAAUGCUGGUCAGCGUUAUCAACACCAUGGCCCUCCUGAGUCUCUUCAACAUGGUCUUCAAGUCUUACUUCGUCCAAGUGACUCAACUUUACGUGGGAGUUUUCGUGAUGGCUGCUUUCAUCGUCUACGACACCCAGAACAUUGUGGAGAAGUGCCGGAAUGGAAACCGCGAUGUGGUGCAGCACGCCCUCGAUCUGUUCUUCGAUGUCCUCAGUAUGUUCCGCCGUUUGCUGAUUAUCCUGACGCAAAAGGAGGAGCGAAGACAGAAUGAACGUCGCAAGAGAAACUAAACUAAAUCCAGCUUUAAUGAGUACCAACCACGAAACAAAAGAACAUCUUACUAGGAAAUGAAAGGUUGGCAGUUUUCUCUUUCUAAAAAUUUAAUAGCAACCAAAAUAAACAAUGCCGUGUACAUUUGGCUUUAAAUUUAUAUACAAAUGUUCCACAUACAAAACCCAGUCAAAUUCCCCCUUUAAUAAAAACCACAAAAAGACA